CUUUUUUUCUUUCUAUUUGUGCUAUCCCAUGUAUUCUCGUGUCUGGCGGAGCUGUGGUGGGCGGGUACGAAGCCAAGUACCUUAUAUUACUGUAUAUGCGAUAUAGAGAUACUUGGUGGGAUAGACAGGGAUACAUGUACCUUUUUUCCGGUUCUUUUGCGGUGCGUACUUUGCAGCUGUUGAGUGGCAUUUUCUAUCAUGGCUAUUACUACUGUCGGGCUCAUGUUUGAAAGCCUGAUACAUACAUGCAUGGGCAUGCGCGUGAGCGUGAGAGUGUGCAAGAAAGAGAAGGGGGGGACGGAGUAUAUGGUCCAAGGAGAAGAGCGAAUGCAAGUACAGCCGAAAUAUGUGGCCGUGAUAGGUGGACAAAAGGUGGGCAAUGAAAUCAUUGCGUUGCUUUGCAUCCGAGACGCCUUCAUCUCGUACAUUGGACCUAUUAGGAUUGCAGGCUCUGGUGAGAUGCGUGAUGCCAUGCUACCCGAGAAGAGGGUGGAGGGAGGGGUAUGACGCUCAUAUGGUGAUUCUGUCUUUUCUUCUUCUUAAUCCACUCUAAUUUAAAUUGGUGUACAAAAAGAUUGUGUUUGGUUGUUGGGUGAAGUCGAUUGGAUGAUCACAACUUGUUUAACCUUUUUUCCUUUUUCCAUUUCUUGGAUGCUGUCUCUGGGUGAUUCAUGAACUUUACGAGCGGACGAAUAGUAGGUCGGCGAGGUGGAUAUUUUUUCUUUUUUUCUUUUUUGAUAAAGUGUGAUGUAACGGUGUGGUGUAUUCGUGCUCCCGUUCCUGUUGUGUAAGGUAUGCGAGCAAGACAACACUACUAAGGCAAGGGAGGGCUUGUGUACACAUGUAUCUACGCAUGGAUGAGCACGAGUGGUAGGUGCUGUAGUACAAAGCAUCAUACGUAUCUAUGUGUGUGCUCUAUUCUGGAACGAGACAUGGAGAAACGUGGCGAGUGGUGGUGUAUGCUUCUAAAGGUUCCAGCCACUUUUGCCGGCUUCAAGUGACGGGAGGAACAAGGGGGGGUGCUUUUCGAGAUUCCGAUUCCUGAGCUUUUGGAUAGUAAGACAAAUGUUCCGAGACAGCAUCUCGGGGAGGUCUAGGGGGGCUGAAAGAGGGAAGACAUGAGGAAUGGGUGUUUCCGUAUAUGGAUGGGAAGUAUCAUGGCAUGGCUCGCAGCUGUAAUUAUUCAGAGUGCAUCAUUUCGAUUGGGUAUUAUACGUAGCAGUCGUAUCAGAUGAAGUACACGUUACAGAGAUGGGGAUGUGUCAUCACAGUGAUUGUCUGAUUUAUUACUCGUGCAGACGCGGGUUUAUAAAUAGAGGGAGGCAGAGAGUACCUUGAUGAAAAAGGGAAAUGUAUAAUAAGAGCAUUUGCCGUCCCCAUCUCUGAAUGGAGGAGACAUGUGCUGCGGUUUCCACGUUGGGGAAUUCAUGGAACAAUGGAAAUAUAUGCAUUCGUGCUGAUAUUAGCGGAACAAUCAAGGAAAAGGGAAUAAGAAGUGCUUUUAGGUAUUAGUUUGUAGUACUAUCUAGUGCGUAGAGAGACAUAUAUUGGUAAUUUCGCCUGCUGCAGGGUGAGCGAUUGCAACGGAACUCACUACCAAAAUAAUACUACAUCACAACACGCGAAAGGAAAAUAACACGAAGACGAAGAUGUGGAAAACAACGAGGCUGGAGUGAAACACACGACGUGUAGUGCAAUAGCAUCCAUUGGUGCAUGUAACAGCAAUAAACGGUCCAUCAACGGUGGAAAAACUGGAAAGCAAGUGUGUUAGCCGCGCGGUGAUGGAGAGCAAAUUUCCCCUUCCGGACUGCGCGCUAUCAUUGGAGGGCUGUACAGCAGGCAGCUGGUGAGAUGGGUAUAGCAGGUAAUAGGAAUAGGUAUCUAUUCGCUUG